CUGAAGCCUAAACUAAAUGAAGUAAACUUCUAGCCUUUAUGACACCACUUUUUCGAUCUGGACAAGUUGUGGGUUAUUGUUGGUUGCUUGACAGCCUAGCUUUCUCCUAGUCUCUAAGGACUACAUAGGAUACGGCUGAAUCUCUCUUUGCAGAAGACAAAAGGCUGGAGAAAGACUCCAGAAAAUCCAGCUGUUAUAGAAAAAACAGAAUAAUAGUGAAAAUCUACAGGACACAGGACAGAACGGCCUGCUUAUCUGUCUUCUAAACUCCAUGCUGUCGGAUGAGGGUAAAAAAGUGCAUCUGAAUCAUGGAGCUUCGAGUGGGAAACAAGUAUCGGCUGGGACGAAAAAUUGGUAGUGGGUCCUUUGGAGACAUUUAUUUGGGUGCCAAUAUUGCCACAGGAGAAGAAGUAGCCAUUAAAUUGGAAUGUGUGAAAACCAAGCACCCACAGCUCCACAUUGAAAGCAAGUUUUACAAGAUGAUGCAAGGUGGAGUGGGCAUUCCUUCCAUUAAGUGGUGCGGGGCAGAGGGUGACUAUAAUGUGAUGGUGAUGGAACUUCUGGGACCCAGCCUAGAAGACCUUUUUAACUUCUGCUCCCGCAAGUUCAGUCUCAAGACUGUUCUGCUUCUGGCAGAUCAGAUGAUCAGCCGUAUUGAGUACAUUCAUUCCAAGAAUUUUAUCCACCGAGAUGUGAAACCGGACAAUUUCCUUAUGGGACUUGGCAAAAAAGGCAACCUAGUGUACAUCAUUGAUUUUGGUCUGGCCAAGAAGUAUCGAGAUGCCCGUACCCACCAGCACAUUCCCUAUCGGGAAAACAAAAACCUAACUGGCACAGCCCGUUAUGCCUCUAUCAACACUCACCUUGGGAUUGAACAAAGUCGCCGUGAUGAUUUGGAGAGCUUGGGCUAUGUACUGAUGUACUUCAAUCUUGGCUCAUUGCCUUGGCAAGGCCUAAAAGCUGCCACAAAACGACAGAAAUACGAGCGCAUCAGUGAAAAGAAGAUGUCAACACCCAUUGAAGUGCUCUGCAAAGGCUAUCCUUCUGAGUUCUCUACAUACCUCAACUUUUGCCGUUCACUGCGGUUUGAUGACAAACCAGAUUACUCUUAUCUGAGGCAGCUGUUCCGCAAUCUCUUCCACCGCCAGGGUUUCUCCUAUGACUAUGUAUUUGACUGGAAUAUGCUCAAAUUUGGAGCAGCCCGGAAUCCUGAGGAUAUGGACCGGGAGAGGCGAGAACAUGAGCGAGAGGAAAGGAUGGGGCAGCUCCGGGGUUCUGCUACGCGGGCGCUGCCUCCUGGCCCUCCUGCUGGGGCCACUGCUAACCGCCUCCGCAAUGUCGCUGAACCCAUGGCCUCCACACCCACUUCCCGCAUCCAGCAGUCUGGAAACACAUCUCCCAGAGCAAUUUCACGGGUAGACAGGGAACGCAAGGUCAGCAUGAGGUUACACCGAGGAGCCCCCGCCAACAUCUCCUCGUCUGACCUCACAGGACGGCAAGAAGUCUCACGGAUUUCAGCGUCACAGACCAGUGUGCCAUUUGAUCACCUGGGGAAAUGAAGAGUGGAUUCCACCAGACCAGUGUUUGCUUAGUGUCUUCACUGUAUUUUUCUUUUAAAAAACAAAACAACAAAAACAAAUUAAAAGGAAAAAACAAACAAAAAAAGCCAACCUUUUUUUUUUUGCCAGCAACAAGGAGAGGAGCUGCCCUGUGCUGGCAUUCUUGUCUUUCCUGAGAUCAUCGGCUGUGUUCCCGAACCAAAUUGCCUUUGAUGAGUCACUCAUACAGGAGCCUUGCAAGAACACCUUUGCUGCUGUUGUGCAGCUUCCUCUCCAUAGUCCUUGCCCGUCUCCCGCCAGCAGGCCGUGGCCAUCAUCCAGAUCUUUCUGCUCCCCUUUUCGAUCUAUAUGUAAUUCACAGAAAGAGAAGCCUUAUUCAAUAUUGUUUUGAAAGUCCAGUUAGUUAAGAAAAGAAGGUUUCCAACAUAAUUUUAAUCACAUCUUUGUUCUGUAGUUCUUGGGUGGGGAGAAGGUUGUUUACAGGAAACUAAAAAUUCCAGCUCCAAGUUGCUUCAGGAGGUGGUUUAACAUUCAUUUCAAAUUUGGCUGCAGUGGUAAGCUGGCACUGCCUCCAGGGGAGAUUCAGUGGACGAAGGCUGUUAUUUGUAUUCAGGCAUUCUCUGUUUGGGAUACCACUGCCCCUGUGUGUGCAUUCGUGUGGGAUGCUGUAGGCAUACCAAUAAGGUGAACAGGACUGGCACGGCAGCAGUUGUGUGUUAAGGGUGUGGAUGUGGGUAGCGAUAGCUGCUGUGCAAGGCAGCAACAAAUGUGAAGGGUGUAGAAAUGUACGCUGCUUCUAGUGCAAGGGAUGGCAGUCUCUCUCUCUCUCUCUCACACACACACACACACACACACACACACACACACACACACAGCCGGUUUGCAUGUGUUUAGUUUUAUUAUUUUUAUUUUGUUUUUGUUUUUUCCUGCAGGAGUCGGGAUGGAGCUGAGGAAAAGGGAGGGGUAUGUGAAUGAUGGGGGCGGGAGGAGAAGCCAUGUGAUUGCAGAGGUUACUCCUUGUACCAUCAAUUUUAGAAGGACAAAUACAUUUUCCCUCCUCAGUAAGAAGAUUUCUUCUACCUUUUUGUCUCAUUGUUUUUAAAUUUUUAGGUUUUAUUCAAGAAAACGAUCUGUCUUUAGUUCUGCAUCACAACCAUCAUCACCUGUCCUCCAGCCGUUAGCUUGGAUUUUUUUUUUUUUUUUUAACGUGGGGCAGUCUGGAAUGUUUGGAAGUGGAUCGGCCUUGACGUUUUUGGUUUUCUUUUUUUUAAUUCUUCUAUUUAACACAGGUUUUCCCCCUAAUUUAUUUACCCUGCUUACUGUGUCUCUCUCUCCUUUUUUUUAAUUAAGUAAAAAAAACCUUUUUAUUACUUUGUAAUUUUAAAACAAAAACAAAAAAAAACAAAAAAUUGAACUUUGGGGGGUGGGAAUUUUGUACUUUUUUCCUGUGUAAAUAUUGGACUUUUUUGAGCUUUAUUGUGGUUGUUAAUUUGAAGUAAUAAAGUAGAAAAUGAUAAAGUGA